AUGGGAACUGUGGAAGAGAAAUUACGUCAGUCAUCCGUAAAAUCAGGUUUUGAACUUCGUGCAUUAAGGUGGAGUGACAAUUAUCGUGGCUAUUUGGAAUUGCUGUCACAGAUUGCUGAGACGAUUGAUAUAACAUCGGAUAUGUCGGAAGUCGAAGGGGAACAGUUCAUGCCUUUUUUUUGA